CUGCAGACCAGUGAGAGACUCAGCCGUCACCAUGCCCGAGCCCAAAGCCAAAGCUAAAGCAAAAGCAGCUCCUAAAGCAGCUCCUGAACCAGCUCCUGAAGCAGCUCCUGAAGCAGCUCCUGAAGCACAAAGUGGCCCAGAAGCUGAACCUGAUGACACAGAUGGAGAACACGAGAAGACUGAGCUGACUGGUCUGUUUGUGGAGAAGCCAAAAGAUGCAGUGGCCAUUACAGGGAAAGAUGUGGAGUUUAUAGCUAAAGUGGAUGCCUCCACUCUCAGCAGGAAACCCACUAUGAAGUGGUUGAAGGGGAAGUGGCUCGAUCUUGGCAGUAAAGCAGGAAAACACCUGCAAUUUAAAGAGUUAUAUGACAGGAACACCAAGGUGUAUACAUAUGAGAUGAAAAUAGUAAAAGUGAAGCCAGGCGAUGCAGGAGCUUAUAGAUGUGAAGUGACAUCGAAAGAUAAAUUUGAUAGCUGCACCUUUGAGAUCUCCGUGGAAGCUGCUGAACAGGAUCAGUCUAAGGACAUUCUGUCUGCCUUCAAACGAGCUGAUGCGGGUGAAGAUGAAGGAGAGUUGGACUUCAGCGCACUGCUCAAAGCCACUAAAAGGCCUCAGAAGGCGACGCCGGAGAUUGAUGAGGAAGCAAUCUGGGAGUUGCUGAAGAAUGCUCACCCAAGUGAAUAUGAGAAAAUUGCAUUUCAAUAUGGAAUUACUGAUCUGAGAGGACUGCUGAAACGUCUGAAGAAGAAGAAACCUGUGCAGAAACACAGCGAAGCAUUUCUGAAGCGUUUAGAUGAGUGGUACUCUGUAAUGAAGGGGAAGAAGGUUGUGCUUCGUGUGGAGGUUGCAGAUCCCACCGCUGAGGUGAAAUGGCUCCGAAAUGGCCAGGAGAUUAAACCUUCAGCCAAGUACAUCAUGGAGGCCAAUGGGAAUGUCCGCACUCUUACCAUAAAUAAGUGCAGCUUGGCUGAUGAUGCAGCUUACGAGUGUGUGAUUGGAGAAGAAAAGUGUUUCACUGAGAUCUAUGUCAAAGAGCCACCAAUUACAAUCACAAAGCUGCUGGACGACUAUCAGGUGGUGGUUGGAGAGAGGGUGGAGUUCGAGGUAGAAGUUUCAGAUGAAGGAGCACAAGUCAUCUGGUGCUAUGAGGAGCAGGAGUUGAGCCGUGAUGAUAAGAAUCUGCACUAUCGCUUUAAGGUAGAUGGGACACGCCACAGGCUUGUAAUUCAGGAGGCCGCAUUGGAGGAUACGGGAAUGUACCAUGCUUACACCACCGGGGGCCACACUAAAGGAGAGCUCAUUGUGGAGGAGAAGGAGUUGGAGAUUUUACAGAGUAUUGCUGAUCUGACGGUGAAAUCAGCAGAACAGGCCAUGUUUAAGUGCGAGGUCUCAGAUGAGAAAGUGACAGGAAAGUGGUUUAAAGACGGAGUGGAAGUUCUGCCAAGUGACCGCAUCAAAAUCACACACAUCGGCCGGAUCCAUCGGUUGACAAUAGAUGACGUGAAGCCAAGUGAUGCUGGUGAUUAUACGUUUAUUCCUGAUGGAUACGCUCUGUGCAUCUCUGCCAAACUCAACUUCCUGGAGAUCAAGAUUGACUAUGUGCCAAGGCAAGAUCCUCCUAAGAUCCAUCUCGAUGUGUCAGGCAAUGUGGUGUCUCAGAAUACAAUCAUUGUUGUCGCUGGCAACAAACUCCGCCUUGAUGUGGAGAUCACGGGAGAGCCCGCCCCUACUGUGUGCUGGAAGAAGGGGGAUAAUGAACUGUCAGCAACAGAAGGGCGUGUCAGAGUGGAGAGCAGGACCGGCCUGAGCUCCUUUGUCAUUGAGGGGGCGGAACGGGAUGAUGAAGGAAACUAUAAAAUCACUGUGACCAAUCCAGCAGGACAGGAUAAAGCUAAUUUAUUCGUCAAGAUAGUGGAUGUGCCUGAUCCUCCUGAACAUGUAAAGUGUACCGCGGUAGGAGAGGACUGCGCUUCUAUAAUCUGGGAGCCGCCCAAAUUUGACGGAGGAGCACCGCUAAAGGGUUACCUCAUGGAGAGGAAGAAGAAAGGAUCAUCUCGAUGGACAAAGCUGAACUUUGAUGUGUUUGAGGGUACAAAGUAUGAAGCAAAGAGAAUGAUUGAGGGAAUUCUGUAUGAGAUGAGAGUUUAUGCCGUUAAUGGCAUUGGAGUCUCAGCACCAAGUCUCAACUCCAAACCUUUCAUGCCGAUUGCCCCCACUAGUGAGCCCACAAAGUUAAUAGUUGAAGAUGUGACUGACACAACCUGCUCUCUGAAGUGGCUGGCUCCAGAAAAAAUUGGUGCUGGCGGUUUGGACGGAUAUGUCAUUGAGUACUGCAAAGAGGGAGAUACGACGUGGCAGGUGGCAAACACUGAGCUGGUGGAACGUCAGAACUAUGUGGUGAAGAAUUUGCCAACAGGAGAGAAGAUGAAUUUCCGUGUUGUAGCAGUGAAUAUUGCAGGUCGAAGCCCUCCUGCUGUCCUUGCCCAGCCUGUCACAGUCAGGGAGAUCAUGGAGCAUCCUAAAAUCCGUCUUCCUCGCUAUCUGAGAACUAAAUACAUCAAGAAAGUGGGAGAAACCAUCAACCUGCUCAUUCCCUUCCAGGGUAAACCUCGCCCUGUGGCUCAGUGGUUGAAGGAUGGAGAACCAGUUGAUCCUAAGAAAGUGGGAAUCAGAAACUCAAAUGUUGACUCGGUAUUGUUUAUCCGUACAGCAGAGAGAGAACAUUCUGGAAAAUAUACACUAGUCCUGCAAAUUGAGAGCAUGGAAGACAGCGCCACCAUUGAUAUCCGUGUUGUGGAUAAGCCAGGGCCACCAGUCGCUGUAAAAGUGACAGAUGUUUGGGGUUUUAAUGCAGCAUUGGAGUGGAAGCCACCUAAAGAUGAUGGGAACUGUGAGAUCACUGGGUACACCAUCCAGAAAGCUGAUAUGAAAACCAAGGAGUGGUUCACGGUGUAUGAGCACAACCGCCGCCCUAACUGUACUGUGUCUGACCUGGUGAUGGGGAACCAGUACAUGUUUCGUGUGUUCACUGAGAACCUCUGUGGCCUGAGUGAGGAUGCGUGUGUGAGCAAGGACACGGCUACCAUCACCAAGUCCGGUCUGGAGUGUAAAUGCGCUCCAUUUAAAGAGAAAGACAUGACCUGUCCUCCAAAAUUUACGACCCCAUUAGUGGACAGAUCCGUGGUCAUGGGUUACAGUACUGCUAUCAGCUGCUCUGUGAAAGGAUUUCCAAAGCCUAAGAUUAUCUGGAUGAAGAACAGGAUGAUAAUCGGUGAUGACCCGAAGUACCUGAUGCAGAACAAUCAGGGAGUUUUAACACUGAACAUCCGCAAACCGAGCACGUUUGAUGGAGGGAAAUACUCCUGCAUGGCUGUUAAUGAGCUUGGACAAGAUGAAGUGGAGUGCACGCUUGCGAUCCGAGCCGUCACUGUGGAAAAAAAGGACUAAAGAUGAGUGAAUGAAGAAAUGAAGAUUUAUUUUAAGAAUUAAAGACACAACUUCAAGUUAUG